CCCGAAUCCCCCCAUCAUCCCACAAGUGACUUGUCAUCUUGCAGGGAGUGGUGGAACGAGCGGAUGAGUGAUGGAAGCUGGCGUCAGAAGCGAGCGACGCCGGAAAUAGCAGGAGGUUACCAGGCAGGUCUGGAAUGGAGCAGCCAGUUGAUUGAGGAGUUCGGCCCCGGGAAGCGAUGGCGGAAUGGAAUGCGGAAGCUCCUCCUUGGGUUAAAUGAAUGGCUUGAAAGAAAUGGAGUUGGAAGAAGUUGCAUGACGUGCAAUGAUUUGGAUGUGCUGUCGUUUCUUGGUAGUCAGUGGUUGGUGGCGAUAGAGAGUAGGUGCCGGACUACUCACAAUGAGGGGGAACCGAGGGUUUCUCCAUCGACUGUUGAUGUGGUUAUCAAUUGCUUGAGUGGAAGCUUCCGACUCUUAGGGCGAGAAAAAGGUGACGAUCCGUGCCAGAGUGGUCGAGUAAAGAUCUUUAAGAAGUCGUACCAAGAGUAUGCUUUGAGUCGAGGUGUGGUUGAAGAGUCUGCGCGGUCAUUGGGAUGGGAGAAACUUAUGAUUGUGAUAAGAUAUAUUCGAAAUAAGGUGAAGAUCUUGAAGAAAAUGCGUGAGGCAGAGGCUUAUCGAGACGCGGCGAUGUUUUUGUACCUGUGGGAAAGUUGGCAACGGUGUGAUGUGGAUGUGCGGAAAGGUUACUUAUUUCGGGCCGGAAGAGGGAGUAGUGCACUUGGUGGUGGGGCUUUCAAUAAACGAAUAGAGAAGUGGUUUGGAGAGGCGGGAGUGUAUGAAGGUGAGAGUGGUCACAACUUUCGUGUAGGGGGGUUGCGUGCAGGAAUAGAGGAAGGUUGGAGUUUAGGAGAGAUGAUGCGUCAGGGGACUUGGAAUAGUGUAGGAACGUUUAUGCGCUAUGGUUAUGGGAUGCGGCGGGGUUGGAAACGCGGAGUAGCGGAAAAGGAGAUUGAAGAGGAAGGGGUGAUUGGCGUGACGAGAGCGACUGAUGGUAGCCAGGAUUUAAGUGGUGAAGAAGAUGGCGGAGAGUCCUAAGGUGGCGGGAUUAGGGCAUGAGUGAUGCACUCUUGGGCUGGGUAAGCAUGAAAAUUC